GGGUUUCCUGCAUCUGAUUGGGUUGCUUUUUACCACCGAGUCAUCGAUUUCAGGUCCUGCUGCCAGCAGUCCUGUCAGAAGGGAGUGACGGGAAAUUGCGGGCAGGGUAGAACGGGGGAGGGGGCCGUCAGGAUGGAGGGUUCCGGCUCUUAUCCCGUAUCACUAUCGUCACUUCAUUUCCCUUUGGCGGCCCAGUCUGUCUCUCAGACGCUGUCGUCACUGCGACGAUCCGCGCUUUCGGUCACGAAUAGGCUUCGGUCGAUUGAAACCGACGCGACCUUUGUGCAAGAGGUGGCUGACCACUAUGGAUUGCCACUCGUCGCUAACGAGAGAUGUGGCAGCUGGUAUAUUCCUCCCGAGGCAAAGACAGGUAGUGCCUACUUCAAGAGUACGGAUGGUCAUACAGGCCAAUGGGACUUUAGCUUUCGCAGGUUGAACAUCCAGGUUCUCCCGAUUGCUCGGCAACACGGAGGAUGUAUCAUUGUGGAUUCUACACGUCGGGGUAAACUUAUGCCGGAUGCCCUCUCCAAGACUGUCCCUAUAUGGUGUGCUGUCCUCAAUCGAGCCCUCUUUCCUUCUGAGCGCACCUAUCACGCCGUCCAGUUCCCUCCGAACUUCCUGGGGUCUUCAGAAGAAUCCCAGAUUGAACGGAGAAUUGACGGCUUCGUUAAAUCCCUCAAGGACUUGAAGUUGGAUCUGGGUGACCUCAGGCAACAACUUGGAAACCCGAUUCGAGUUGCGUGGGCAAAUCGAUCGUACUUCCAUCCCACAGACCUACACAAGGGGGAAGGGUAUAAUCUCCUGGUGUUAUGCUCUGCGUCUAAACGAGUCCAUGGAGCUGAGAUAUCUGAGGGAGGUUACAUCCAGGGAGCUGGAGAUGACAGUGAAGGCUGGGCUCAUGGACUAAUACCUCCAGUCUUUUGGGCGAACAAGUCCGCCCUCUUUGCCACGGCCGAGGAUGACCUUCCAGGUUUUAUCGAAGAGCUGAUGGGCGAAUAUCGUCAGCAAACUGAUGGCCAGCAGACUCACCUGAUUUUACCGACCAAAAACUUGUUCCUGAGCCAAAGAGACCCUCAACUGCAUGACAGCGGGGCCUAUGACCUUGUCAUUGACUGCAACGGCAAGCCAAACACUGACGACGAGAGUCCAAACCGACUCGAUCUAGGCUGCGGGUCAUUGAAACUAGGGAGUCGCGAUCUCCGCAAGUCGCUGGACAAAGUGCAAGCCUUUGUCAGGUCGCGGCUAGGCGCUGACCCAUCCCUCAAGUUGCUGGUUACCUGUGAGUCGGGUAAAGAUCUUUCUGCAGGAACUCUCCUCACCAUCUUGUGUCUGUUCUAUGAUGAUAGCGGCGACUUCUCUACACAGAAACAAGGGCAAGCCAUGAAUAAACAAUUUAUCCGACAGCGCCUUGCGUGGAUCAUGUCAUCAAAACCCGACGCGAAUCCUUCAAGAUCUACCUUGCAAUCGGUCAACGCCUUUCUGAUGGAACGGCCAGAUUACUGAAGCUUGUCUGUAGAAGGAGGUAAAUAACCAGGGGGUUGCUCUCCCCCCCCCCCCCUCAUUCCAAGCCGAUGUCUUCACUCAUUCUCAACCGCCUCCACAAUCGCCCCCGCGGGGCCUUGGUCCAGUGCGUUCAGGACCGCCAUGUCCUCACUGGAGAUGUUGAAAUCAUAGAUGGCAGCGUUGGCCGCGAUACGGGCAGGAUCGUCGCUCUUGGGUAGCGGCACCCACUCCUUCUGCAGCGCAUACCGAAUCAAGAUCUGCUGUGUGGUCUUUCCGUACUUCUGGGCGAGGCCAACCAACGUAGGGUCGUUGGCCUUGUAAUUGCGGACAAUGGGCGAAUAUGCCUCGACAACGAUGCCGUGCCUCUUGCAGUAUGCAUCGAUGACCCGCUGCUGGCACCAUGGAUGCAGC